AUGCGGGGUCGAGACAAGUUGCGUCGCUUGAGCGACACGACCUUUGCCAUUGCGGUCGUGUCCAUGAUGGGUUUUGGCCUCCAUGAACUCAUCAAUGUCAAGCCGACGGACAAGUGCCCGCUCUGCAGCAGCAAGACACCUCAGCCGCGUCUGACCCGCGAGCACCUGUUGACCUGCCGUCCCAUCAAGCGUCACAACGCCCUUCGCGACGAGAUGGGCCGCCUGCUCAGGUACGCCACCCUCUCCCAUGUCUGGGUGGAAAGGUCUGGCUACAACGCCAACGGUCAGAGCUGCCGCAUCGACCUGCACUGCCGCAACCCCUUUCCCGGCGGUGCUCUGGGCCCAGCUCUGCCCGACCUGGGCAUUGACGUGACUGUGCGCACAGCCCAACCCCCGACCACCUCGCAAGCCUGCAUCAAGGUGGGCGCUGCCCUUCGCCGAGCCGAGAAGGAGAAGCGCGACUACUACACCGGUUUCAACCAUGGAAAAACUCUGAUCGUCCCUGCGGCGAUGACGACAACCGGUGGGUUCGCCUCCUCCUUUGUGGAUCUGCUUGGUCAGCUCGCCCGCUGCGCCGAGGCCCGUGACAGGGUCGAGCCAAAGAAAGCCCGUCGCCACAUCCCGAUAGGCAAUGAUGUACCUCGCUCCUUUGAUACUAGGGGAGCGAAGCGGGCCAAACAUGUCAGAAGCGACCAGUUCACCAGGCAUGCGGGGCGUGCGGUCGCGAUCGAAGCCAGCCAGAGCAAGGCGCUUAGCCUUGAAGAGGUUGCAAUCGUUGCAGUUGAGGAUGGCCUUGACGUCCGAGGUGUCUUCAACUUGCUGUAG